GGCAGAUACUGCCCACUGUUUGCAGGAGAUGGCCGAAAUGUUAGUGCAUGCCUGCUCCUUAGAUAUCACAGGAACAACAAUCAAUCGCAGGCGCGUGAGAUGAGACGCGUCUUGAUGCCUUACAUCCAAGGCAACUACUCAACCUCACCUCACCCCAAGGCCGACGCGAGCAUCAUCAACAUUGAUUGCUCAAUCACGCGCGCACGCAGAAUUAAUGGCUCAACACAAUGCCCGACAGCGACUAUGGCGAUUUCGACGACGAUGACCUUAUCGCUGCCACAGGACUGCUCACUGGAGAUGCUCCAACAGAUGCUGCCGCUGCCGCUGCCGCUGCCGAUUUCGAGGACUCGCCACGUCCGGCCAAGCGCCUCAAGCUUGACAGUCGCACUGGCUACGCAAAUGGCAGCCUCAAUGCCUAUGGCUUCGGGCGUGAGAAGUCUGCAAAUGCAUCCGGUCCAGCUCCGCUCGCGAGUGAAUUGCAUGCCAUGAAGAAUCGAUUUGCGCCACCUCCUAGACCUGCCGCUGGGAAGGUUAAUGGAGGAGGGGUAGCACAUGGAUCAAAACUCCAGCGCCCUGGUGCUCGUAAAGCAGUCGUGAAGACGUCUACUAAAGUUCCCACCUAUCAAUAUACUGCCUCACAGAUCCCGAGCAGUGACUCGCCUCACAGGAAUGGCUACGUCAGCCGUACUGGCGUCGGCCUCCCACCAUCAAAGAAGAAGAAGAAGCAGACACCUCAAGUUGGGGCCGCCGAAUGUUCUGAUUCAGACGAUGCGUUUGAGUCUCUAGUAAUACCGCGAUUCACUACUGGUUUUGACACAAAUGGAGAGCUUGCUGAUAUCCCGUCGGAUGCAUUUGACUACUCAUCAUCAUCACCGCAGAAAUCGCAAUCCUCGCGGGCAGGCGUUGGCGGAGUCGUUGCAGCACCACAGACAGGUCUACGUCAAACCACGCUGUUCGGUCGGGGCCUGGAAGCCAGACCGGCAUCGCAGCUCAACAACCGCCUGGAUCAUGCAAAGCCAGCACAGGAUGAGCCUCCAACCCACCACCAGUUGAAUAUAGACGCAAUGACGACUUGGAUAUAUCCCAUCAACAUUGGCUCGAUUCGUGAUUAUCAAUUUAACAUUGUGCAGCGAGGAUUGUUCCACAACCUACUCGUCGCUCUGCCGACGGGUCUGGGAAAGACUUUCAUCGCUGCAACCAUCAUGCUCAACUGGUAUCGCUGGACGAAAAGCGCGCAGAUUGUCUUUGUCGCGCCGACCAAGCCUCUUGUGUCUCAGCAGGUUCAGGCAUGUUUUGGGAUUGCAGGUAUUCCGCGCUCCGACACCUCAAUGCUCACGGGCGGUGUGAGCCCGGGUCUCCGUGCCGAGGAGUGGUCGUCGAAGCGAGUCUUCUUCAUGACUCCCCAAACCAUGAUCAAUGAUCUGAAAUCUGGCAUCUGCGACCCGAAAAGGCUCAUCCUGAUAGUCAUCGACGAAGCCCACAAAGCCACGGGAGCAUAUGCCUAUGCCGAGAUCGUCAAGUUCGUGCGUCGCUUCAAUCAGAGCUUUAGGGUACUUGCCCUGACCGCUACGCCUGGCUCGGAUGUCGAAUCUGUCCAGGAGGUCAUUGACAGCCUCGACAUUUCGAGAGUGGAGAUACGGACAGAACAGUCUCUUGACAUUCGCCAAUACGUCUACCAUAGACAAAUCGACAAGCAUGUGUUCGACAACACAGACGAGAUGGAAAUGUGCAUGGACCUCUACUCGAAAGCUGUGCGACCUGUGUUGGCUCGACUAAACGGCCAAAAUGCAUAUUGGGUCAAGGAUCCCAUCGCUCUUACCCCCUUCGGCCUCACCAAAGCAAUGGGCCAGUGGUUCGCUUCGGACGCGGGCAGAAAGGCUCCAUACGCUGUGAAGGGCAUGGUCAAAACAAUAUUUUCGACGUUGGCCAGUCUGGCUCAUAGCAUGGAUCUCCUCAAAUAUCAUGGCAUGCGACCCUUCUACUCUGGACUGCAACAUUUCCAAGACCAAGGGGACACCAAUGGCGGAAAGUACAGAAAAGAAAUCGUCCAGAAUGAAGACUUCCAAAAGAUGAUGUCCCGUCUGCGGACAUGGAACAAUCUUCCAGACUUCAUUGGGCACCCGAAGCUGGAGUUCCUCACACAGCGCGUCUUGACGCAUUUCAUGGAUGCAGGCGACGGCCGCGGACUUGACUGCCAACCGCCCUCGAGCACCAGAGUCAUGAUCUUUGCGCAUUGGAGAGACAGCGCUGAGGACAUUGUACGCGUGCUGAAGCGCCACGAACCCAUGAUCCGGGCCCAUGUGUUUGUCGGACAGGCAGCGUCGCGCAACUCGGACGGCAUGGACCAGAAGUACCAGCUCGAAAUCAUGCACAAGUUCAAGACUGGUGCAUACAACACGCUUGUUGCGACCUCUAUCGGCGAAGAAGGCCUCGAUAUCGGCGAGAUUGAUCUGAUCGUCUGCUACGACUCGAAGGCGUCGCCCAUACGGAUGCUUCAGCGGAUGGGCAGAACAGGUCGCAAGCGGGCGGGCAAGAUCAUUCUGCUCCAGAUGAAAGGCAAAGAAGAGACGGACGCGGCCAAAGCCAAGGACAAUUAUGAGAAGAUGCAAGAAAUGAUUGCCAAUGGCACUAGAUUCACCUUUCACGACGACCGUAAUCGCAGAAUUGUUCCCAAGGAGUUCCAGCCCCUCGUCGACAAGCGCGUGGUAGAUAUACCACUGGAAAAUUCACAAGAAGGCCUUCCAGAACCCAAGAAGCGUGGCGGACGUGCACCAAAGCGCCCUCCUAAGAAGUUCAACAUGCCCGACGGCGCCAUCACUGGAUUCGUGAGCGUGUCGCGGCUAAACGACGAUCCUGUUUUUGUUGAGCUAUCUCAAAAUCAUAAACCCGCAAAAGCCAAAGCCCAGGCAGCGCCACGCGACGACAUAGCCAUCAACCCGCCACUAAGUGAGCUCGUGCUUAGUCCCAGCGAAGAAGCACAGCUCGAUAGGUACCUGAGUGUUACUGAUGACUCCGAGGUCAUAACUCUGCCGAAUCUGACGCGCUACCCCGAGCGUCAGCGGCAGCCGUAUCGUACGAUAGCGUUCAAGUCUCCAGGCAGGGCUUCAAAGGGCUUCGUAAAGGCAGUCAAUGCAAUGUCUACUGUCGACGCUGCGCGAGUAAGUAGAUGGGAGGACAUGGGAGUGACUUUGGAUACGACUUCGGAAGAAGAUCUUGGACUACCGAGAGACUUUAUCAAUAUGGAUGUCGACAUGGUGCGCGAUGCAGUCGAGAUUGUAGAGUUUGAUGUCGACAUGGACACCCUUCCUCUACCCAAGCAUACGAAGGCGCCGAAGGCUCCUCGAGCACCGAGAGCUCCCAAGGCUCCCAAAACACCAAAGGCACCUAAGGCGCCGCGCCGGGGAGCAAAAACGACAGUCAGCAAUCGUGUCUCCGACAUGAUUGAGGAUGACAUGGUGGCAGAUGGGCGAAGCAGCAGUCCUCCAGCCACAGACCCUCGCAUGCGCUUCCUUUCACAAGCAGUCUCAUUAGGCGACUCCGACACGUCUGGCGAAGACGAAGAAGACGACGUGCCAGACUCUGAGCUUGCAGACUUCAUCGCGGACGAUCUCGAGCCGGUGCCAAUCGCGACGUCUUCUCCGCCUCCGCCGUCACGAAUCAGACCCAGCCAUCUAUUCAGCAGUAGCGUCCACGACAAUGAUGACAGUGAUGAGGAGCUACCGGAUGCUACGUCGUUUGCACGGCCUCGGAAGAAGGGUGCGGUGCCACCUGCGGAGGUGCUGGAUGUUAGCAGCGAGAACGAAGAAGAAGGCCCUGUAGUAGUUGCCCAGCAGGCUGGGAGGAAACGGCUGAGACGGGUUGUUGACUCGGACGACAGCGAGGAAUGAUGAAUGCUACAUAUUACUAGAAUUGGACAUAAAAGAAGGGAAAAGUUAGGUGUGGCACAUAGCAUGCUAAGAUCACUCCAGAAUAUACGAGACCUGUCGUAUCGUACGUUUGUUUCCAAAC